UGACGCCUGAAUGUUGUGUCUGCGGUGAAGAUGGCGGACUCAGUAGCGGCGGGGCUUGGGGACGAAAACGAGACUGAAAAUGAGGAUAAAGAGAAGGAGAAACGACUCUUCAGCGGCGUUAAAAAGACGGAGAAACAAGCCGCUGCGUCAGACGUUACAGAAACUCUGGGGUUUUACGAGAGGAAGGCGAAAUGCAAAGAGAGAAAGAGCAAUGUGUCAGAUCUCUCUCUGGUGAGGUUUAUUAGUGCUGAGUUGACUAGAGGAUAUUUUCUAGAACACAAUGAGGCCAAAUACACCGAGCGGAGAGAGCGGGUCUACACCUGCCUGCGGAUUCCAAAAGAACUGGAGAAGCUGAUGAUCUUCGGGUUUUUCCUGUGUCUGGAUGUGUUUCUGUACGUGUUCACUCUGCUGCCCCUCAGAGUGCUGCUGGCCCUGAUCAGACUGCUGACACUGCCCUGCUGCGGCCUCAGAACUAGUAUAUGCCCCUACUGCAAAAAGAGCAGUGGAUCUCGUAUCUUGCAGCCCGCUCAGGUGUGUGAUGUUCUGAAGGGUUUUAUCAUGGUUCUGUGUUAUUUCAUGAUGCAUUAUGUGGAUUAUUCCAUGAUGUACCACCUGAUCCGGGGUCAGUCUGUCAUAAAACUCUACAUCAUCUACAACAUGCUGGAGGUGGCAGAUCGCUUGUUUUCAUCUUUCGGUCAGGAUAUUUUGGAUGCUUUGUACUGGACUGCCACUGAACCAAAAGAGAGAAAGAGAGCUCAUAUAGGAGUCAUCCCACAUUUCUUCAUGGCAGUUCUCUACGUCUUUCUACAUGCCAUUCUGAUUAUGGUUCAGGCCACCACACUGAACGUGGCUUUCAAUUCGCACAACAAGUCACUGCUCACCAUCAUGAUGUCUAAUAAUUUUGUUGAGAUCAAAGGAAGUGUAUUCAAGAAGUUUGAGAAAAACAACCUUUUCCAGAUGUCCAAUAGUGACAUUAAAGAAAGAUUUACAAACUACACACUCUUACUAAUCGUCUGUCUCAGAAAUAUGGAGCAGUUCUCCUGGAAUCCAGAUCACCUAUGGGUGUUGUUUCCUGAUGUUUGUAUGGUAAUCGCCUCGGAGAUUGCAGUGGACGUUGUCAAACAUGCAUUCAUCACCAAGUUUAACGACAUCACAGCAGAUGUCUACAGUGAAUACAGAGCGAGCUUGGCCUUUGAUCUGGUCAGCAGCAGACAGAAAAAUGCAUACACAGACUACAGUGACAGUGUGUCCAGGAGGAUGGGCUUCAUUCCUCUUCCUCUUGCUCUACUGUUGAUCCGGGUGGUGACCAGUUCUGUGAAGAUCCAGGGCUCUCUGUCCAUUGUAUGUGUCGUGCUCUUCUACCUGGGUAUGAUCACCCUGAAGGUGCUGAAUAGUAUUGUGCUGUUGGGGAAAUCCUGUAUGUAUGUGAAAGAGGCAAAUAUGGAGGAGAAGCUGUUUCAAAAUCCCCCCUCUGCAGCUCCCAGCAGAGUGUCCAGCAGAGCAAACCGUACCAAACACACACGAGAACCACCAGGUGAGCCAGCGGAGGAGGGCAUGUCUGCUUCAGUCACCACUCAACCCACCCAAAGGGAUGAAUGCCCCGCCCCUCAGCUCCCCACCAGCGAAUCAGAUCAGUUCCUUACUACACCAGAUGAAUCAGAAGAUAAAAGCCUUAUUCAGGACGAUACUGAACUUAAACACAGGGCGCCCAAAAAAGACUUGCUGGAGAUUGACCGUUUUACUAUCUGCGGUAACCGUAUCGACUGACAUUAACACGCACCCUUAAGUUUUAUGCCAGGUAUGCACUGAAAUGCCCGACCUCUCUGCCAGCUUGAUUCGUUUGACGUUUGAACUUGAGCUCGUUGGAAUGGGACAGCGAGAAACUGCAGGAUAUUUAUUAAUAAGCGAUGCACCUAAUUUAUUUAAGACUUAAACACACUCAUACACAGACAAUCAUAUCAACACACACACAUAGUUUUACCCAUUUGGAAUCCACCCAUUGAAGUUUCAAAGCUUUCAAGAGGUUCAAGAUCACCAGCGGAGGUUACCUUUGGACGGCGGGGGAGAUCUUGGUUCAAUGGUCACUGUGCUCUCCUUUCAUGGGGGUAUCGACUGAAGAAAAAGUGGGGAUGGAUUAUAUUCUAAAUUUACAGAUUCACGUGUCUGCAGUGCUCCAAAACAAAUGACAAAACUGGGUUUAAAAAUUCUUGUUUAAUUCUCUUCUUUAUUAAUAAUUUCUGAAUUUGGAAGUGUCCCCUCAAAUCUACAAUCCUUACUUUCAAUUUAAAGACUUUUAAUUUGGCAAAUCACAAUGUUCGUUGGCAGUCAGUACCGGAGUGUAGUCUUGUAAUUACAGAUGUGUUAUGCGGAUUUUCUUUGUGUCUUUGAGUGAAAGCAGGCAGCAGGCUAAAACACCUUAUCAGAUUUUUAUUUAUUUAUAUUUUUAAGACCGUUCUUUCUUUGAGUUUGAAUACAGGGUUUCCAACAAAAAAAAAAAUAAAAAAAUUGUUUGAGGUAAUGACCUUUUAAAGGGCCAUCAUGAGUAUGCGAUACUGUGCUAAAACGCAUGCUUUUGAUAUGCCGAUUGAUUUACACCAUAGAAUAAGAGUUUUAUAAGUCUGCAUCUGAAUGAAAGGAUCAUAGAUUAAUGCAAGAUAGUCGCAUGGAAACAUAAAACUGAAUAAAGUCCAGUAGAAUAAUGUGAUUCGCCAGCUAAAAUGAAGGAAUUAAAUAUUUUCCAUUUAGUGCAUCUUAUUGUACCAAGAGUAGCAGAUCUAAUGAACAAUCAUACAUUGGUGCUGAUGUUGGGAACAGAUGCUAAAUAGUCAAUUAACAACAUUCCAAAAGUAAGAGUCUUGACCAAAGCAAAGUUAUAUCUUGAGAGUAUUUAAAAAAGAAAGGCCUCUGCUGACCCCCAAUGAACAGUUUUUACAGCUAUGAGCAUCAGAAGCCAGUAAUGUAAGCGAAAAACAAUGAGUCAAAGUUUCAUAAUAAUCAGCUUCUAAACCAGUGUCGAGUGCCCGUAAUCAGUAAUAAUGCAUGUAUAGUGCUUAAAGAACUUAUUGGAGUACAUUUUCGUCAUAGAGAAUAAUGUUUUAUACAUUUACUUUGCAUAACAGACCACACUGUCUUAAACUAUAUUUUUUGUGAACCACUAAUGUCAUAUCUUUUUGUAGUAUUGGAGGUCAGAAUUUAAGUUGUUUUUUUUUUUUGUUUUUUUUCUCAGUAAUGACAUGUUUUGUAUUUCCAUUUUGUUUUUUGUUUUUUUGUUUGUUUUUUUUGACUAAAUUAGGAAUUUGUAUUACUUGUAUUACAAAUGUGUGGCUAUAAUUGCUUUGCUUUGUAAUAUCUUGGUGGAAUUCAGACUGACAAUUUACACUCAAGUCAGCAUGUCGGCAGUCAUCAUAUAAGGCUGUCAUAUUAUGUAAGGUGCUGUUUCAUUUAGCUAUCAUCUAGGAACUGCAUUAAGUUGAAAAUAUCAAAUAUGCCAAGGAAUCGUUUACCCUCAGUUAUCAAACUAAUGCAAACACUUCAAAACAUUGACUUAAACUGCCAAAAUGAUAUCAAAGAGCAUUUUUCAUUGUUUUUACAUUUGAAAGACUGAUGUUAGAAAUACUUUUGCUUAUUUUUGAAAGAGAGACCACUAUAAGCAAUGUUUGGUUUUGUUGUGCUUUUCAACGUAAUUGCCUGUAUAUUUCCAUGGGUUAAAUCACCUUUUGACUUUUGAAAUAAGGUUGAAGUUUGACUGGAUCAGGUCUCAAAAGGAUGGUUUUGCUUGACUGAACCUUUGUAAUACAUACUCGUAUCCAUUUAUUUGGAAAUAACUGAAAAAGACAACAGGAAUUACUUUUCAAACUGCUGGACUUCACUACUGUUUUCUCUCACUGGUCAAUAUCAGCUUGUUGUUUUCGGUGUGUUUAUGUACCCAUAUUGGCUUCAACAUUUAAGGUUCUUACAAACUUGUGUUUCCUGUAGAAACUGAAGAGGAAUGACGAUGUCAAAUCUCCUUGUAUGGAUGUUUCAGAGACGGAAUUGGGGAGAGGAAUCAGGGCGUUGUGUUAAUUAAAGUUUUGUUGUUUUCUA